GACCCCAGCGAGGCGCCAUUUUGGAGCGGCGGCGGCUCCGGGUCCGGUUCUUCUCUCGGGGUCUCUCCCGGUUCUUCCCUCGCCCCGUCCCGUCCCCUCCGCCCCGCCGGCGGCAGCAUGAGUGUGGUGGAGCACGUGCGCGAGAUGGCGGCCGCCGGGCUGCACUCCAACGUGCGGCUGCUCAGCGGGCUGCUCCUCACCAUGAGCGGCAACAACCCGGAGCUGUUCUCUCCCUCUCAGAAGUACCAGCUCCUUGUCUAUCAUGCAGAUUCCCUCUUCCAUGACAAGGAGUACAGGAAUGCUGUCAGCAAGUACACCAUGGCCUUACAGCAGAAAAAAGCCUUAAGUAAAACCUCCAAAGUCAGGCCUUCUACUGGGAAUGCUGCAUCCACACCCCAAAGCCAGUGUUUACCAUCAGAAAUUGAAGUGAAAUACAAAAUGGCUGAAUGUUACACAAUGCUGAAGCAAGAUAAAGAUGCCAUUGCUAUUCUUGAUGGGAUUCCUUCCAGGCAGAGAACUCCAAAGAUCAAUAUGAUGCUGGCAAAUCUCUACAAGAAGGCAGGCCAGGAGCGCUCCUCGGUGACGAGCUACAAAGAGGUGCUGAGGCAGUGUCCCUUGGCCCUGGAUGCCAUCCUAGGCUUGCUCUCGCUGUCGGUGAAGGGAGCAGAAGUGGCCUCCAUGACCAUCAACAUAAUCCAGAGCAUUCCCAACUUGGACUGGCUCUCCGUGUGGAUCAAGGCAUACGCCUUUGUGCAUACUGGAGACAACACCAGAGCAAUAAACACCAUUUGCUCUUUAGAGAAGAAGUCAUUGCUGAGGGAUAAUGUGGACUUGCUGGGGAGCUUAGCAGACCUAUACUUCAGAGCUGGAGACAAUAAAAACUCUAUCCUAAAAUUUGAACAAGCACAAAUGCUGGAUCCUUACCUAAUAAAAGGAAUGGAUGUUUAUGGUUAUUUACUGGCACGCGAGGGGCGGCUGGAGGAUGUGGAGAACUUGGGCUGCCGGCUCUUCAAUAUUUCUGACCAACAUGCAGAGCCCUGGGUGGUGUCUGGGUGUCACAGUUUCUACAGCAAAAGAUACUCCCGUGCCUUAUACUUGGGAGCCAAAGCUAUCCAGCUGAACAGCAACAGUGUCCAGGCGCUGCUGCUGAAGGGAGCUGCUCUGCGCAACAUGGGCCGGGUGCAGGAGGCCAUCAUCCACUUCCGAGAGGCCAUCCGCCUGGCGCCCUGCCGCCUCGACUGCUACGAGGGUCUCAUCGAGUGUUACCUGGCAUCCAACAGCAUCCGUGAAGCCAUGGUGAUGGCAAACAACGUCUACAAAACCCUGGGGGCAAAUGCACAGACCCUCACCCUGCUGGCCACAGUCUGCCUGGAGGACCCAGUCACGCAGGAAAAGGCAAAAACAUUGCUGGACAAAGCUCUCACACAAAGACCUGACUAUAUUAAAGCUGUGGUAAAGAAAGCAGAACUUCUCAGCAGAGAGCAGAAGUAUGAAGAUGGGAUUGCCUUGCUGAGGAAUGCCCUGGCCAACCAGAGUGACUGUGUCCUGCACCGCAUCCUGGGGGACUUCCUGGUGGCUGUCAACGAGUACCAGGAGGCCAUGGACCAGUACAGCAUCGCCCUGAGUUUGGAUCCAAAUGAUCAGAAGUCACUGGAAGGAUUGCAGAAAAUGGAAAAAGAGGAAAGUCCAACAGAUGCCACCCAGGAAGAAGAUGUGGAUGACAUGGAGGGAAGUGGAGAAGAGGGGGACUUGGAAGGCAGUGACAGUGAAGCAGCUCAGUGGGCAGAUCAAGAACAGUGGUUUGGGAUGCAGUAAAAGCCUCCUGCUGCUUCUUUUGGCACUUGAACACACCACUAGGGCCACUCUUCUUAGACGAACAGAGACUCUGAUUCUUUUUCAGUAACAGAGGACUUGGGUUUUAUUUGCAACUUUCAUUUUGAAAAAAUCCUGCUAAAACUAACACCAUCAGAAUCUGAGGUGUGUAAUGAGCCUGUUGUUUGUGAUGAAAACAAUGUCUGAGUUCUGUCCAGGCUGAGUGUGCUUGGGCAAGUUGUAAAUACAGUGGUUUGUACUCCUUUUUGGGAAAGGCCUUGCUCAUUUCUGUGCAGCCAUUUGAGUCUGGGGGAGCUGCUUGAGUGUGGCUGAAAGCAGCACUUUUUUUUUGCUGUGUUUCUUGAAUUAAUUUGUCUUUUUCUAGGGCAUUACCUGUGCUGUCCACAAUAAGUUUGGGACAAUAAGCAACUUGGACUUCCCAGACAUUUUUUGUAGCUGAUUGAUUUGUCUGUGUACAGAAUUGAGACAGUGGUGGAGAAUUAAAGUAAUUUUUUCAAUGCUUACUAAACUCUGCAAUCACUUCAAGCCUGUACAUGAGCAUUUAUUUUAAAAUGCAGUUUAGUUUUAUUUCAGUAUGUUCCUGGAAGGUUUUGCAGCAGUGACUCAAAGCACUUUACAUUCUGUGUACAGCACUGACAUUUAAAAUGCUAUAAAAAGAAUUAAUCCCUCUUCCCUUGCACUGCUGAAGAAAUGUUAAAUUAUGCAAAUACACAUAUUGUCCUGUUUGUUCCAUGUUUAUAUAUUUCCUGGCUUUGUCAGGUAAUUUUUGAAUUCAAUACUUUUUCCCUCACCUUUUGAAGCCAAAUUGCUUCAUGUACAAAUUCUUCACCUCAGCAUUUCAAGGGUGAACUGCUUUGGGUAAUCUAGAAACUGUUUCAGUUCUGUGGGCUUGAUGUGUGGGAAGAGGAAUUACUUAUUUUUCUUACAGUUCUGAUUCCCUUAGUCUUUACCAAAAUGUGGUUUUAUAAUCUUUAUAUCAAGAGUUUAAAAUUCCUUUUGUAUUUAUUUUGUUACCAUAGGUAUGCUGGAGCACACAGACCUUUUAGAAAGCUAAAAAAAUAGUUUUGAGUAUCAGUUGGAGGAAAAAUGGCUGUUUGUUACAGAUACAUGACAUGGAAAAGAAGCUUCUCCCUGAAAGGCAGAUAAGGGUAAAUAUCCCUCUGUGAUGUUGUAUCAAAAGUGCACAACAAAAGAGGGAGAUUAUUGUCUGUUUUGGAAAUGUUCUGGUGUGUCAUGGCUUACAGAGGAGGAGUCCAAUAGUUCAUCCAUUUAAGAAAAUAAAACAGCUGCUUGUCUGUUCUCUCUGGAAUUCUGUGGGCUUUAGAGUUUCCAAAAUACCAAACUGAGUUAUGGUUCUUUGAAGGUGGUAGGGGAAGAGCAGCAAAGCAAAGCUUUCGUGGCAGUUGGGUCACAAGCUGCUCCUGCUCUUCCUGUGAGCAGAUUCACCAAAUGUGUAACGUCUCAGGGAGAGCAAAUAUUUAAUUAAUGACUUUAAUUAACGAAAGGCUUUGUCCUCUUCAUAUCUUUGCCAUUGCUGUGGGAUGCACUGAAUGGAUUUCAGCUCAUCACGUGUCUCAUAACAGAAAAAACGUGCAAGAUAUUCAAAGUAUCUAUUUUUAUAUAAAAAAAACCUUUGCUUUCUCCUCAAACUCAGCAUUCACCAGCUCAAAGCUGGGUAGCUGCAUUAGCUUUCUAGUUGUAUUCCAGACCUCUGCUGAGAAUGAAAAUUGAGUUGUGUUACUAAACUAAAGGCAGGAUACAUUUAAUCGAUGAGGAGUAUAUGAGAUAUGUGCUGUAUUUUUCAGCCAUUUCAUUCUAAUAGUUCCUUUGAAUAGCUUGUUCUUUUCAGGUGGAAACCACUGUCUUUGCACAUUUCUCUAAAGUAUUUACAUAGAAGAGGAAACUGGAGAGCCACAGUUCUACUGAAACCAUUCUGUAGUGUGUUUGUAGAUAAUCUGAUAAUCUCUGCUUUUAGAACAGGCAGGAAACCAAAACUACUUCAAGAUGAGUCUUUGAAUGCAGCUUGAGCAAACAAGUCCAGGCACAGCUCAGAACACCAAGAGAUGGCUGUUAAAAGUGAUUUGUAUCCUCACAGCUUUGAUUUCCUGAGAACUUGGUUCCUUGCUGGAAAUGAGAAGUUGUGAGAGUGUGCAGAUGAAGGCUGGUGAGUACCUGAUGUGUUGGGCUUACUGUGUGUGAUCUUUGCUAAGAGCUGCACUGUGACUGUGGAACUUUGAGGUGCCACACAUGUUGAGAUUGUGUAGAGAGAUAUAUUUGGCCCUCACUUCAGAAUCCUUUGAGGGAUUCUGCUUGCCUAUUAAUGAGCCUUCAUUACUGCUUUAAUUUUAGAAUGUGAUCUCUGGUUCUGCACAGGUCUGGUACUCUCCAGUGCAGUUACAGGCAUUUAGUUCAGGGAAUAUAACAAUUAGCCCUUAAUAAGCAGCUGACCUCAUUCCCUGCCUCAAUCACAUGCUCUGCACCUGAGAAGAAAAGAUCACAAGCCAAGAACUGAAGUUCAGGCUGUGUUAGAUCAGUGAUAGGAGUGAAACAGUUUGCACAUGAGGCAAGAAUUCUGUUGCCAUCCAGUUGUACUGUGAAGUGUUGGUGUGUCUGAGGUGCUGGGUAAGGGCAGAGUGCCCCUGUUUGCCUGAAAUCCUUCAAUUUAAAUCACGUAUUUCAUUAUUACCUUUUCAUUCUUUCCUGCUUUGACAGGAAGUGAUAGGAAAGGGACAGAAUUUCUUCAAACUGUACAUAGACUUGGCUAAGGGCUAGAAGGCACUGAAAGCAGCACACAUUCAUGGUGUGGUUAGAAAUUGCCAAAAUAAUGCAUUUACUCUUACCAUGUGCUGAUAACACCUGCAAUACUGGCAGUGUUUCUAAUUCUGAAGAUUUCUAGAUCAUGGGAAUCCUGGAAUUGUGAAGCAGAAAUAAAGGAGAGACUGAGGACUGCUGGCCAAUAUCAGUGAGGUGCUUCUUUUUCUGCUGCUGCUGGUUACAGAGAGAUUUUUGAUUAACUAGGGCUUUUUUCCCCCCUUUCAGUAACUGUCUUCCUCAUUAAGCCUCUUUGUGUGGUGAUGCUUUCCUUCUUGCUUUUCAGGAGCUCAGUGAUGUGGAAACUGAUCCAUCCAGGGCAGAAGCAGGCAGGAUUUCUGAUUGAGCAAACCUUAUUCCCUCAUUUAGAUCUCAGCGGUAAGGCUGUGUCUGCCAUUGUUACUUCAGGUUACACAAACAUACCACAACCAAAUUUAUUUUAAAAACCCAGAUCUGCAGUCUCCAUGGGUCUUAAAUUUAGUGAUCUUAGGAGGGCUUAAACUUAGUAUAAACCUAUGAUUUCAAACUAAACAGCCUUAGUUGGUUAAAAUGUCCUUUGGAAGCUGGCCAAGAGGAGGCAAGGAUGUAUAUAAGACUGGGUGUUUGGGGAGGAAAUUGAUAAUAAAAUAGAGUUAUUUUGGUGCAAACAGAGAAAAAUAAAAUGUUCACCUGGGGAACUUCAGUGUAACAAUUUAUGUAUUAAGGAAGGCCCUUUGGCCAGUCCCUGUCACUUGAUGGAACUACAAAAUAGAAAGAAUAAUCUGUUUUCUCUCACUGGCUUGAGCCUGGCCUUUGCUUUGCAAAGUCAGGGGUGUGGGAGUGGGUACCCAGUGGGUGUUUACUCUGUACAAGCCUCUCUUUCCAAGAGCUUCCAGAGGGGCCAAGGACUUUUGUGAGUCUGGAGAUCAGAUUCCUUUUCCUCACCCAUCAUCCUAUCAAAACAGCAAUGUGGAAAAUAGGGUGAUGGUUUGGGGUAUGAGGUAAAAUCCAGGGGCCUGAUAAAUUGAUGUUGAAAGUCUUCUCUGCACUUCCAUGUGGGUAAACUGUUGGGAUGAAAUCUUUUAGAAAACCUCCUCAGGUGCUCAGAGCUGCUCUCAUUUCUCACCCACGCUCUUGGGGGUGGACGUGGGCUCUAAUCAUACUCAAAUUCACCUCGAGGUAAAAAUAGGGAUAUUGCCUGCCCUCUGUAUUUAGAGUUUAAUGUAAUGUGUCCAUAAUGCCUCAUAACUUGAGCUAUGGGGAGUGGUUUCUUUGCUCUGUGCUGUCAGUGGGCUCAUCCAUGUGGUGCUGUAGAGCUGGGGGUUUGCAGGGAGGAAGGAGAGGAGGAGGAGGAGGGGGAAGAUGAAGCUGUUUAUUUCAGCAUCUCUUACCACAUAUUCUCGCACUGAGCACCUUGGCAACCCACUGAGCAUCACGUUCUCCUCACAUGGCUGUCCUCCAGCUGGGGGACUCAUUCUGCUUAAAUUUGCAGAUUAUCAUUUAAAGAAAUGUUCCAGGUUGAGUUGGUGUGAGUUGGCUCAGGAGCUGCUCACCAGCCGAGGAGUGCAGCUCGCUGUGACAGCAGCACGGGCUGCUGCUGAAUAACGACUUCCCAUCGGGGCUGAGCAGCAGAGCUCAGCCUGCCGGCACAGCACUUCCAUAGGUGGAAGCAGCUGCCAGCAGCUCGGCCCGAUGCGUUAACACACCCUCCACCAUCCUAUAGAGCCGCCGGACCAUGGAAUUCGAGCCUUUUAUUUUUAAACCUCACACUGCUGUGUUUGAAGGGUCUCAGAUGUGUCACCUCAUUAGGAUAACGCUGUUUGCCAGCAGGGUGCUGCUAUCAGGGGCUGGAGGCUAAGAGGCAUUACAUUUAAUGUAAAAUACAUUCCUAAGUUGUCUCUGAUUCCAAACAAAAUCUGGUGUUUGGGCUUUGAGCAGAGCAUUGCAGGAUACUUGGAAAUUCCAGCUUUUACCCUGGGAGUGCUUUAGCCUUGCCAGCAGCAGCCUUGUGAGCUUGUGGCAGAACAGCCCCUGGUCUGGGGAAGGGAGUGAGCCCAAACUGCCAAGCACUCCCAGCAGGAUGCUCGUGAUGUGGUUUGGAGCAAACACAUUUGGCUCAUCUUCCUUUUGCCUGCAGAAAGGGAAGAGACCAGGAGCUACUUUAAAGCUGGGGCAAUUUAGAAAAUAGAAAAGGACAAAAAAAAUAUAAAGAUGUAGUUGGGAAAGAAUUGUUUAUUUUGCGUUUCUCAGAGGGAUUUUACAAACAAUGGAGCAUUUUAAAAAAACUGAGUGAUCAAAGUACUUGACAGUGUCCCUUAAACACACACACAAGCCCCUGGACAGAGGAAAUCACACCAGCGAGGAGGUCAAUACUGCCGAGGAGCAGCUGCAUCUGCAUAGUUCUAGGAGGAAAGAUUGCAAUGGUGUUGGUGCUAAAAAGUGUCAUCCUGGCAUUAAAAUAAGAGCGCGCUGCAGUGCCUGCACACGGACCUGCAGGAAACAAAGUGCAUCAAAUAACACGCCGAGUACGUAUUGUAGAAUAAAUUUAUUUACCUGAUACAAAUGAAGCUAGGUGUGAUGCUCCUUUACUGUCAGCAUGUCAAUAGACAAUUGAUCUUAUUUACAACUUCUAAAGGUCACACAUGCAGCUGUGGGAACUGGCUACGUCGUUGUUGCUUUUUAGAUAAAUGCAUCACGAUAUUUUGUAUUGCACCAACAUCUGUCUUACUGCCUUAGAUUUAAAUAAGUUACAUUACAGUGCAAAAGAGGUUGAUUUGCACAGAUGAUAAAAAAAUCCAACGUUAUGAAGUGGAGGCUUACGGUUUAACAUUCAUCUGUAAUCGUUUCCAUGGAUUUAUAAAUAGGAGAGCAUUGUACAGAAGCUGUUGGAGUAGGAUGUUCGGAUGAUACAAUACAGAGAGAGAUCCGUCUACACCCCAAGGCAUGCAUUAUCUGAUAUUGUACAUUGUAUAAACGGACGUUUUACAUACAGGAAUAUGGAAAUCGGCUGACAGCUCCGCAAUUC